AUGGCCGACAUCAAACAACAAUUCGAAGAGCUUCUGUUGGCGUACUCCAAGUCCCAAUCAUCAUUGUCUGAGUUUGUUGAAGCUAGAUCCAAGCUCGAAACUCAGUAUCAGGAGAACAAGAUUGUUCACGAAGAGUUAGAGGGAUUAGACGAAACAGCAAAAAUCUACAAAAUGACAGGGCCUGUCUUGAUGCCGCAGGAUUAUAGCGAAGCCAAGAUGAAUGUCAGCAAGCGUAUGGAGUUCAUUCAGGGCGAGAUCAAAAGAGUUGAGGAGAAACUCGAGACCACUCAGAAAGACAUGGAAACUAUCCGCGGAAAGCUCUUACAGGUCAGAUCACAAUUGCAAGGUUGA